CUUUUCCGCCUCACUUUUUCCUGUAACGUUACAGUAUUUUCAUGGCCACGUAGCAGUGAUGAUGUUAACGUUAGUCAGUCACAUUUAGCUAGCUAAUGUUAUGUUUUGGCGCGAGUGUUUCUUUAUUUCCUAAAUUGUUGUAUAAGUUUUUAGUUACUUAAAACUAACGUCAGCAACUGAAAGGCAAUCGUACCUUGAAAUAUUAAAGAUGGAAUCAGAGAAAACAACGAAGCCUGAAAGCAUGCAAGCUACCUCUGAGGAGGAUGAAGAGGCACGCAAAGCAGUCAAACAGCAUGCUUCUCGGAUUCCAACUUUUCACAGCUCAGUAGCUCGUAAAAAGCCUGGUCAUAGUCUAGAAUCUCUUAGUUCAAGUCAAAUACGACAGGAGGCGUCAAGUUUGCCCAACCAGUCUAAAGACAAAGUAAGUCAUGGAGGAGAUAUGUCUAAAACCAAAUCCCUUAGUGGCAGAGAAACGGCUCUCCCUCUUCCCUCUGUCCGCCUCCCAGAAAUGAUCUCUGAUGCUUAUGCUUUUGGUGAUCAUGCUGACCCUGUAACCAGCUCUCCACAUGUCCCUGGACUUUCUACUAGCAGUGAAGACUCUCCUGAACAAGGAGUUUCAGAGCAGCUCCAACGACCCUCACUCAGGUCUGAUCCAGGGUCUACAGACCAACCUGAUUCUGUUCCACAGUCCACCUCUAAACCUCCAUGCUCAGAUCAAGAUGCCACAUCUGAAGAUACGCUGGAGUUGUCAGAUGUAGAUUUUGAAGAUCAAAAUGAAACACAAGGGACGUACAGCAUCUCUGAUGAAGAGAAUCACUUUACUUUGAAAGAGGAAAAUGAAUCCUUUGGUGAGGAAGAAUGCCCUGAAGAACAGUUGUCUCUGAACCAGACUGAAUGUCCCAUACAAGGGAAGGUAGAUCACGAGAACUUGAAUAUGGAAGAGAAAUGUACCACGGAGGGGGAGAAACUGAAGUUUGUUUCCUCAGAGUUAGUGAAGACUGAAGAACCACUGGUGGAACAUUCUUCACAAGAAGAUGCCAAAAGUGGGUUAGAUACAAAUACAAAAAUGUCAAAAGAUUCUAAAGCAGUUUCAAAGAAACUGUUGCAGUCUCCACAUGAGGACAGGGAAGAAGUGGAUGAAUCAAAUCUAUCUUCAUAUCAAAGCACUCAAAGUUCCUCGUCAUCAGCAAAGAGCUUUGCUCUCCUCUGUCUGCUCCCAACCACUCUCCUGCUCUUGGGUGGCCUUGGUCAGCAUAUUUGGCUCUACGGCAUUCCUAAAUCUACGUCGCACUUACUGGCUCAACUGGAAUUACACUGGCUAGAGGGGUUCUGGAUGCCUCAAGAGUACUGCUCUACAGAUUGCCGCUUCAGCUUGGUUGAGAGUAUUCCUGAAGGGUUAAUAUAUCCACCUGGAUCACCACUUUUACCAAGCAUCUCACAAACAUGGAAGGAUGUACUGGACAAGGCAAACAAAUCUGUCGAUAUUGCAGCUUUCUACCUCACCCUUAGAGAUAAUGGCAUGGGUCUUACAGAGCCCAGUGCUAAUGAGGGGAGACAGGUGUUCGCAAAGCUGAUGCAACUGGAGCCGAAAGGAGUGAAACUCCGCUUGGCUGUGAACAGUCCACAGUCAUAUCCGAUGGACACGGAGGAGCUAUCCUCUGCAGGUGCAGAAGUGCGACCUGUUGACCUCCAGUCUGUGACGGGAGGCAUCAUCCACACUAAGCUGUGGGUAGUGGACAAGAAGCAUCUCUACAUUGGAAGUGCAAAUAUGGACUGGCGGGCUCUCACCCAGGUGAAGGAAGUGGGAGUGUUGGUGGAGAACUGCAGCUGUUUGGCACAGGAUGCGGCACGGAUAUUCGGGAUCUACUGGGAUAUAGGUGAUCGGAAAAAGGGUUCUCUUCCACCACACUGGCCUGGACGGUUCUCUGCCUUGUUCAGUGCCAAUCAUCCCCUUGUUGUUAAUGUCAACGGUGUCCCUGCACGUAUAUAUCUGUCUAGUGCCCCUGCUCCAUUGUCAGCUCAAGGUCGCUCUGAUGAUCUCACAACCAUUCUUUCUGUGAUUGCUGAUGCCAGGAAAUUUGUCUACAUAUCUGUAAUGGACUAUCUUCCACUAUCACAGUACUCCGAUCCAGUGAGGUUCUGGCCUCCAAUAGACACAGCCAUACGAGAAGCAGCGUGCGCUAGAGGAGUGGAGGUGAAUAUUUUGGUUAGUUGUUGGAACCACUCUCCCCGAUCCAUGUUCAUCUUCCUGGAGUCUCUGAGUGUCCUACGUCAACCUCCUCUGCAGUGUAGAAUCGCGGUGAGAGUUUUUCAAGUGCCAUCUACAACCGCACAACAGGAGAUCCCCUUUGCUCGAGUCAACCACGCUAAAUACAUGGUGACAGAUCGUGUUGUCUACAUAGGAACUUCUAAUUGGUCAGAGGGCUAUUUUACCCAGACAGCAGGUGUUGGCCUGGUGGUUAAUCAGACCGGCUCUGAGGCCAGUCAGGAACAGAAGACCGUACAAAGUGAGCUGCAGGGGAUUUUUGAGAGAGACUGGAAGUCCACCUUUGCUGGCAAUCUUUCACCUGAACAUGUUGAACAGUGUGGAAGACAUAAGGCAUAGAAAGGAAUGAUGGAAGUUGUCCAUUCAUAAGUUUACAAAAUGUUUUGGGUAAAUUCACUUCCUUUAAUAUUGAUUGUAUCAUGCAAGCCUUUAAUUUAACCAGUUCAAUACCCAGAGAUACAUACCCAAGCAUUUCUGCCGCUGACCUGAAGAUGCUAGUUUGUUCUACCUGGAUUGUAUGUAUUUGCUUGUUUUGCUUUCUUAUGAUGCAUGUUUUUUUUGUGUGUGUGUGUUCUUGUCCUUUUUUGCAUUUGUUUACCACUCAGAAUAAUUUCUUUUCUUUUAGAAAGAUAAUAAAAUAUCUAAUUCUUUGAGCACAUGCAAACAAUUUAUGAUUGGCUCUGGUAAAUGCCAGAAUUUGUAUAUAAUGUUGUCAAUCGCCCUUUGUGUAGAUACAUAUUUUGACAUGAUAUUUUGUUUAUGUAAACUUGUCAAAAUAAUACUGUGGAGUAAAUAUGAACACAUGUCACGUCCCCAUCCAAAAAUGGACAAAGUACUUGAACUGGCCUGUGAUUGAAACUUAAAUUUGUGAUUGAAAUGGUUUUCAGUAAAUGUUUGCUUUAUUUUUAA